AUGUCACCAACAAGAGGAUAUUUACAUGACUCAAGUGGCGAUUCAGGUUCAGAUUCAGACAAUCAAUCAGGAUCAUCUAGAUCAAGUCGUAGUGGUUCACCAUCUAAUACUGCAAAUUCUGGCCACGAGAGGAAUUCCGAUGAGGAGAAUGAAGCCAGAUCAGUAGGUUCAAAUGUUAGUGGAAGGUCUUCUAGAUCUAGUAGUCAAUCUGCAGAAGAAAAAGCUGACUCUAGACAAAAUUCUAAAAGUCCAUCUCCAGCUAGAUCAGAUUCUAGACAUUCAAGUGUAGGAUCUGCGCAAAGUGAGAAAUCUGGUUCACAGAGGUCCAGAAGUGGUACUCCGAAAUCAGUUGCAUCUAACAACAGUGACUCACAAAGGUCAAGAUCAGGUUCUCCACAGGAAAGGAGAUCAGAAAGUCCAAAAUCCACAGAAAAUUUGAAUUCUCCUGGUCCUGAAAGAACUGAACCUAUAGAUUCUGAACAGAAACGUGAUAGCUCAGAAGAAAAUAAAGAUGACAAUGAAUCUGAGAAAUCUUUGAAAACAAGAGGUCUUACAAAAUCAAACGAUAGUGAUGGAGAAGGUAGUCUAGCUCAAAAAGAAGACAAUAGUGGUUCUGCUUCAGAACAAGACGAAGCUAUUAAGAAAAUAAAGCCACUAAUAGACUCUGAUUCAGAAAGUGAACCAGCAGAAAAAGGAACUGCAGCCCCAACUGCAGAUGCUCUUUUUGGAGAUGCUAGUGACAUUAGUACAGAUGACGAAAAAGACAAGGAAGAUGAUAAGAGAGAGAAAAGUCGUAGCAGAAGCAGAAGUAGGAGUAAAAGUAGGAGCAGAAGUAGAAGCAGAAGUAAAAGCAGAAGUAGGAGUAGAAGCAGGAGUAGAAGCAGAAGUCGCAAGUCAGACAGUGGUGGUGAGGGACCUAGUCAGCCACUUAUUGAAGAUGAUGUAGAUAAAGAAAAGGAAGAAGAACCCGAGCCUCCUCCAGAAACUAGAAUUGACGUAGAAAUUCCAAAAAUUACAACAGACUUGGGUCGUGAAAUACAUUUUGUAAAGCUUCCAAAUUUCCUUUCAGUAGAAACACGACCAUUUGAUACAGAAACGUACGAAGAUGAAAUUGAUGAGGAGGAAACUUUGGACGAAGAAGGUCGUGCUAGAUUAAAAUUAAAGGUCGAAAAUACCCUCCGUUGGAAAGACGUUUUCAAUGACCAGGGUAAAGUUGUUAAAGAAAGCAAUGCUAGGUUCGUGAAAUGGUCUGAUGGAAGCAUGUCUUUACAUCUUGGUUCUGAGAUUUUUGACGUAUACAAGCAACCACUUCAGGGUGAUCACAAUCACUUGUAUAUUCGUCAAGGAACUGGUCUUCAAGGUCAAGCAGUGUUUAGAACUAAGUUGACAUUCCGACCACAUUCUACAGAAUCGUUUACUCAUAGAAAGAUGACAAUGUCACUUGCGGAUAGAUCCCAAAAGACUUCUGGUAUAAAAGUAUUGUCACAAGUAGGAACCAAUCCAGAUCAAAAUAGAUAUGAAAUGAUUAAAAAAGAAGAAGAGAAGUUACGAAUGGCAAUGCGAGUUCAAAGUAAGACAAAAAAGAGCACUACAGGUAGUCGAAAUGCUGCAAGAUCUGUUGGUGGCUAUGGUGGUGAUGUUUAUCACGAUGACGGUUCAGAUGAUGAGGGUGCAAUUUCUCUGGCAGCAAUUAAGAAUAAAUAUAAAAAGGGAAUGAAUGCUCCUGUAAAAGCGUCAAACAUAUAUUCUUCGGACGAAGAAGGUUCAGAUUUUGAAACUCUCAGACCAAAGAAAAACACUAAAGGAAAAGUUCUUAAAGAUUCAGAUGAGGAGUCAAAUUCCGGAAGUGGUUCGGAAAGCGGAAGAGAAGACGACAAUCAAGGCGAUAAUGCUAGCGAUUAGAG